AUGGUGUAUGUGUUCCCAAUUGAGCGUGGCAGCCAGAAGGCUAUCAUCGCCGGCGCAGUCAUCUUCUCGCUGCUGCCUGCGACUGCCGUUCUCCUACGACUGGUGGCGCGGUCGAGAAUCAGGGGCCUCACCAUCCGGGAAACUCUUGACCUCAGCGACUGGCUCAUCGUCUUGGCAUGUGUGGUCGCAGUCGCGUACCAAUUACUCGCAGUCGCCUGUGCCGUGGUUGGGGGGAUGGGAUACCACACGACCGAGGUCCUUGCCAUGGGAGGGCCGGAGUCCUUCACCCUUCUCAUGGAGCUUGUGACCGUGGUAGUGCUCUUCUGGUCCCUCAGUCUCGGGUUGACGAAGCUCUCUAUCCUCGCCUUAUACGCCAAGAUCUUCGACGUUGGGAAAUUCGUCCUGAUCAGUAAGGCCUGUGCCCUGUUCGUCAUUAUCUGGGCCAUGAUCCUCUUUGUCGGUGCCUUUACCAUGUGUUCGCCAGUUGAGUAUAAUUGGGACAAAUUUACAGUCGCGGGAACCUGUGGCGACGUCAGGAUGUUGUGGUCUGUAACUGGAGGGCUCAAUAUCUUCACCGACCUGGUUGUCAUGCUCCUGCCGAUGCCCUAUAUCUACGGCCUGUCGCUACAGACGUACAAGAAGGUCGGGUUGAUGGUGACUUUUGGGAUCGGCCUUGCGGUCUGCAUUGUAAGCGCGGUCCGACUCGGCGAGAUUAUCAAGAUUGACAUGGCCGACUUCCCAUAUACCGGGGGCAUCGCGCUCAUGUUCAGUGCGCUGGAACCAUGUCUGCUGCGUGGCAGGAGGUAUUUUGGGAUUCUCACGUAG